AUGACCAAUAAAAAGGGAGACCACGAGUCUCCGAAGGCCUUGGCCAAUUCGGCUUCUCAAUCCACAACCCAGCGCGUCCCUCCCCCCGAAACCUCCGAGGCCAUCCACACGCGAUUCCGUGUAAUUGCGGCUUUCUGGGCUGUUAUUAUAUUCUUAGGAUUCCCAAUAUGGUGGAAGACAACAUCUAUCUAUCGGGCGCAUUUGCCUAUUCAAGAAAUGGUUGACUGGGACGAUGGCAAGAUUUGCCGCCCUGUAUUUCCUUUAGAAAUUCAUGUUGCCACUCCUCAUAUGCAACUCUCUGAAUCUCAGCAUCUUCUCCGCACAACUCAGCAUACUCUUGACGAUCUCAACGAAUUCGCCGCUCAUCAUUUGCGACUCAAGCCAGUUAACGAUACCAGUCCAUCCACCGCAGAUGAGGAACUCAACGUUGAUGCAGCUGGCAAUGUCGCUGAAGAAGGGGCAGAUAUUGCUCUCACCGUCCGUGUACUCUCUCAAGAGGACUUGUUCAGUCCCCGCUCCGAGCUACAUGCAGACACUACUCAGCUAGAUAUAUUCUACCCACCGAACCAUGUGCCUCUACCUUCAUCAUCCAACCCACCUCUGUCCGCUUUUAUUGCGCAAGAGCUUCAAGGCUUAUACAGCGAGGAGAAGGCCACGAUUGCACAUAUUCUUUCGGGCGAGACGGCUGGCUUUGAUUCGGAGAGUAUCAGUAGACGCCUGCGUCGGUCUAUGAAGUACGCCGACACAUACCACUUGUCCUUUUCAUUGUUCACGCCAGGCCCAGCACCAUCUUCCUGGGAUAUCGAAACUGCCGUCAAAGAAUACCUGUCACCUCUGCUUCAUGCCUUUUCUCCCAUUAGCAACUUCACAAUCGAUACUCAAGUUCAGCUAUAUGCCACAUUUUCACCUAUGGCACCUCCACCGAUCUACGAGGAGGCCGAGGCAGCUUGGACACUGAGGAAGGAAGACUUGAGUGCAUUCAUCAAUGCAGCCGAGUGGCCCCUUAACCCUAGCAUUGGCAGCGGUCCCACCCUCAACUUUAUCCUAUAUGUCCCUGCCCCAUCACAAUCCCCACUCGUCGUUAAGGAGAACCGCGCAUCUAGCUGGAUCGUGCCGCAAUGGGGAGGUGUAUACCUUCUCAACCCAACCCUCUUGACAGACAAGAAUGGUCAAUCUAACCCACCGUACCUCACACAUAAAUCAUUGCGGCCGGCAUUCAUGACAUUCUCCCACCAACUCUUGACUCUGCUUGGUACUCCCACCACGCCCUCAUCUCUACCACUGCGCCUCCAAACCCUCAUCCGCGUACGAGCAGCUACUCUCCUUCUUUCCGCUUCUUCCACUAUGGGCUCCCUAGCUCGUCUCACUGAGUCUCUCCCAUCUAUCCCAAUUCCGGCUACUGUGGCGUCUUCGGUCUCAACUACUCUUUCUCACCUCUCCGCUACUUGUUCCUAUCUCCGUGACGGGCGGUUCGCUGCUGCUCUUGCGAGCGCUCGUGUGGCCGAGACCGAGGCAGAGCGUAGCUUCUUCGAGAAGAGUAUGGUAGGUCAAGUCUAUUUCCCAGAUGAGCACAAGGUUGCUGUCUACCUGCCUCUUUUGGGGCCUAUUGGAGUCCCUCUUCUUGUCAGCCUGUUGAAAGAAGUGAAGCGGUUGAUCGCCAGGCGGAAAGCGAAAAAGGCGUCAGCGGCUUCGAACUAG